AUGAAUAAUUCAAACAUCUCCAGAAUUGAUACUUUAGAAGAAGACGACGACCAAUCAUCAUCUUCUCCAAUUUCCGAUUUCGAAAUUAUUAGUAACUGCGAAGAUGAUAUAAUAAGCAUUUCAUCUAGCCAUGAAAAUUGUGAUGAAUCAGCUGAUGAACUACCCGAUGAAGAAUCAGAAUCUGAUGAUGAAAAUCCGAUCGAAUUGUUAAAUGACUCGGAUUUUUUGUAUUCUGAUAGUGAUGAUAACCAAACAAUAUAUGAUGGCGACAAUCUUAGGAGUUCUAGAAGAUCUACUUCCUCAGAACAAAAAAGAUCAUCGGAUUUUCUUUCAGAUUCAAAUUCUAUUGAUAAUGUUCAAGUAUCUGGUAUAUGUGAGUCUCACGACUCUAAUAAUUGGUGUAGCAAGUGCCGCCCGAAUUGGCAUCCUAACAUAAAUUUUAAUGAUACUUUCAAAAUCAAAAACUUAUCGAUUAGUAAAUUCUUGAUUAAUAGCAACGAGAGAUCUCAUUGUUCAAGUUGUACUCCCAUUUGGAUUGAUUUUAAAAGUGGAUUGGAUCCAAUUAUGACUAGUGAAGGCCUUAUUUUGGCGAAUCCAACUUUCAUGAACCCUGGUUCUAGAUCUCAUUCGGGAAAUAAAACGAAUGUGGUAGCAUUAAGAAAAAUUGGUUUAACUAAUAAUUAUGAUGAAACUUAUUUCUCUGAUCUUUCCGAGUGUAAAUCAUGCAUAUACAAAUCAGGUCAUGUUCUUCCAUACCUUGGUGUCACUUUUCAUCCUGAAAACCUUAGAUAUAUGGUCGUGAUGCCAUUCUUACCAAAUCGCAAUCUAAGAGAAUAUUUGAAACAUCCGGAUAAUUUUAAAUCUUUCAUUUGGUCGCGCAGGCUUAGCAUGUUACAUACGAUUGCAAUUGAGUUGGCAAAUCUGCAUAACCUAGGAAUAAUCCAUAAGAACUUGCAUCCAAAUAAUAUCUUGAUUGGCAAGGAUAUCGAAGACCCAAUGAUUUCUGAUGUUGGAAAACGUCCUCUUAUUCCAGAUCAUGUUCCAUCUUUUUAUGCUGAAUUAAUUAGGAUGUGCUGGGAUGCAUUUCCAGACAAUCGUCCUGAUAUGAGAGAAAUUGCUGGUAUUUUCAAUUAUUGGAGAAACAAACUGGUUGUUUCUGGUUCUAAUUAUG